AUGGCUCUCCUCAUCCUGCUGUUCCUGCUGCCAAGCCCCUCACAUUCCCAUCCCACUUGUGAUGUCUCCAAAGUGACCAGCUUGCUGGAAGUGAACUGUGAGAACCAGGGGCUGACUGCAUUGCCCGCAGACCUGCCAGCAGACACAGGCAUCCUCCACAUGGGCAAGAACAAACUGGGUGCCUUCUCCACAGCAUCCCUGGCACACUUCACUCACCUCACUCAGCUGGACCUGGAUGAAUGUGAGCUGACCAGCCUGCAGACUGAUGAGAAACUGUCGAAGCUGGAUAACCUGAAAUUAUCCCACAAUAAUCUGCGAAGUCUGCCCUCCCUAGGUCAGGCUCUGCCUGCACUCACCAUCCUUGACAUCUCCUUCAACCAGUUGGAAUCACUGUCUCCCGGUGUCCUGGAAGGUCUAAGCCAACUCCAAGAGCUCUACCUGCAGAACAAUAAUCUGAGAAGUCUGUCCCCUGGACUCUUCAUGUUCACCACCAAGCUGAACAAACUCAAUCUGGCCAACAACAAACUGCGUGAGUUACCCCCUGGGCUCCUAGAUGGGCUGGAAGAGCUUGACACCCUCUACCUCCAAGGGAACUGGCUUCGUACAGUCCCAAAGGGCUUCUUUGGGACCCUCCUCUUGCCUUUUGUUUUUCUCCAUGGCAACACCUGGUAUUGUGAUUGUGAUAUCCUCUACUUCCGCAACUGGCUCCAGCAAAAUUCCAACAAUGUCUACUUAUGGAAGAAGGGUGUGGAUGUCAAGGCCAUGACCCCUAAUGUGGCCAGUGUAAGAUGUGCCAAUUUGGGCUCUGCACCUGUCUACUCCUACCCAGGGAAGGGUUGUCCUAUCAGUGGUGAUAGAGAUAUAGACUAUGAUGACUAUGAUAAUUUCUCUGAUGUACCUGCUACAAGGGCUGAGGUCAAAUUCUCUACUAACACCAAAGCCCAUACUACCCACAGGGGUCUACUCUUAGAGACUCCUACCUCUCCAGACAGCCAAAUGCCUUCUUGGCCUCCAACCCACAAACCCACUAACAAACAGUACACAUCCACACACAUACAGAUCCCAGGUUUCACCACACUCCCACAGACCAUGAAAUCCAAUGUGCACUCUUAUAGUGUAAACCCCAAAACUAUACCCAUAAUCACCCCAAUCACCCUAGAGCCUACCUCUACCCUGACUAGCUCAGAGCCCAGCACCACACCAAUGCUUACAGCCUCCACUCUGACUAUUCCAGAGCCCACCACUUCCACCCUGGUUACCCCAAAACCUAGCACCAACCCAGUGCCCACCACUUCCACCCUGGCUCCCCCAGAGCUCAGCACCACACCAAUUCCUACUACCUCCACCCUGGCUACCCCAGAGCCUACCACCUCCACCCUGGCUACCCCAGAGGCCAGCAGCACUCCAGUGCCCACCACCUCCACCCUAACUACCCCAGAGCCCAGCAGCACUCCAGUGCCCACCACCUCCACCCUAACUACCCCAGAGCCCAGCAGCACUACCCCAACCACACAAGAGCCCAUCACCAUCCCAACCACUCCAGUGUCCAACAUCACCCCAGUGUUCACUACCACCUGGGCAUCUGUCCCAAAUGAGACCAUUUCAGAACUAUUCUUUACCACAGAACUCACUUUACUCUUAGAAUCCAUCACAACGACCCCAGAGUUGAACAGCUUCCUAACUUUCCAAGAGAUGGCUCAAGGGAAUUCUGACACUUUCAAAAGCGAUCCUUUGUUUAACUCUGAGUUCUGUUGCCUCCUCCCCCUGGGCUUCUAUAUUCUGGCUCUCCUCUGGCUCCUAUUUGCCUCUGUGGUACUCAUCUUGUUGCUGACCUGGAUCUGGCACAUAAAACCACACACUCUGGACUUGGGCCUCUCUGCUGCCUUGGCCACAAGCACACACACCACAAGUCUGGAGGUUCAGAGGGGAAGACAAGUAACUGUGCCCAGGGCCUGGCUCCUCUUCCUUCAAGGGUCACUCCCUACUUUCCGUUCUAGCCUUUUCCUAUGGGUAAGGCCUAAUGGGCGUGUUGGGCCUCUGGUAGCAGGACGAAGGCCCUCAGCUCUGAGCCAGGGUCGUGGUCAGGACCUAUUGGGAACAGUGGGUAUUAGGUACUCAGGCCACAGUCUGUGAAGGUGAGUACGUUGGAGAUCCUGAAAGACUCAAAAGACACUACUGGGAUCUAGCUGGGAGUGCGGUGAGGUGGGAGAUGAGACUGCCACAGGGGCAUGCUAUUUACUUCUUUAUCUGA